CAACCAUAGCAACAGACCAUACGCCGGUCGACUAUGCACAUUCGACGACAGCGCAUGGCAUGGAUUGAAAAUACCGUCAUUCUUGGAGGGAUGUUUUCUGUAUUUUUGGAUUCAGUGGUGAGUCUUCCAAAGGUAUGUCCAAACAUGGAGGAACUAUUGAGUAUUGGUGCAAACAAUGUGCUUCUCUGAGGACCGACAUUGGUGAUAAAGUCUUCAUUUGAGCGGCGAAACUUGAACAAAUCCGACAAAAGAUGCCGAUUGCUCAGACGCGUUUGGAGAUCCUGCAGGUCCACAAGUUCCUGCAGUGUGUUCGCAACCAGGACAAGCCACAGAUUGAGAAACUCUGCUCCCAUGGCGUGCCUCACCUCAUCAACUACAGUGAGCCCAACGAGGGGGAGACGGGGCUGCACCUUGCCGCCCGAGUCAACGACGAUGACAUGGUCAAGUUCUUGCUGGAGUUGGGGGCUCAUCCCAACGUGGUGGACUUGAAGGGCCGGACGGCGGCCAUGAGAGCGGCCGAGUACGGUCACGUACAGACGCUGGAGGUGCUUGCUAACGCUGGCUCAGAUAUGAAGAUCAAGGAUGCAGAGGGGAAAGGUAUUCUAUUCUACUGCAUUCUGCCAACGAGUCGCCAUGCAAAGUGCACCCAGAUCGUCCUAGAGUGCGGAGCUGAGUGUAACAACAUCGCCAACGAUGGCAUGCCGCUGCUGGUCCUGGCUUGCAUGGACUCUGUAGAGAACGAGAAAAUCUGCAUCCAGUUUCUUGACAAUGCUGCCGAUGCAAACAGUGCCCAGCCUUCCACCAAUAAGACCCCCUUGAUUGAAGCAGCCCGCAGCGGCAGCGUGGCAGUUUGCCGAGCAAUCCUGGCCAAAGGCGGAGCGGUCAACGCCAUGGACAAGAACAAGAGAACCGCGGCCCACAUGGCGGCCAAGAACGGCCACUUUGACGUGCUGCGUCUACUGUGCAGCUACAGCGCCGACCUGAGCUUAGUAGACACCAUCGGGAACACCAUGAUCCACUACACAUGUGAGGGAGGCUUUGCAAACUGCUUGAAGUAUCUGUCUCAAAGAGGAUGCAAAGCACACACUAAGAAUGACGACGGGCUGCUUCCGAAAGUGAUUGCCAAGAACAAGGGUUUCAAAGAUGUCAUGAAGGAGUGUCGGAAAGCCGAGCGUCUGUCCAAGAAGCUCCAAGGUGGCGGGAAAGCCCCAACCGAGGCCUGGGCCGUGAAAAUGUACGACUGGGCCCACGAGAACCAGACCAAACUCUUGGAGAGGUUCCAGGGCUUGGACCCUGACGGUAACGAGGUGAUAUCAAGAGACGACUUCUAUGAUGUCUUGGUCACCCUCGAGGCACCAAUCGAUGAGGACAGUUUCAAGGCCCUGUUUUUACUCCAUGACAAGACCAAAGAAGGGGUCAUAAACUACCAUGAGUUCUUGGCGGGGAAGAAAUUCGUCCACAAGACCUACCUCAUGUCAGCUUUUGAGAAGAAGGAGAAAAAGAAAAAGGGCAAGAAGGGCAAGAAGAAGAAAGGCAAGACGAAGGUUCCCAUGCCGAUUUGUGUCGGCGUUGAGGGGGCUAGAACUGAAUACGGUGAGCCACCUGAACAUCUUAUUCACAGACAUGUGCCAUUUACAGACACCGGACGCUUUGACCGCGACCAUCCCCCCGACCACCCGAUUCAAGACGACUCAGCGUGGUACCUCCACUUCCCAGAGAAGACAUAUAUCAAUGUCACCGAUGCUGCCAAGAUGACAGACUUGGACUCGAUGCGUCAGGCUUACUCACGUGGCCGAUCGGUAAACACGCAGGACAAAUACUACAAGACAGCGCUGAUGGUCGCAUGCGCACAUGGCAACUUGGAGAUGACAAAAUUCCUUUUGGAAAAUGGAUCUGACGUCAACUGCCAAGAUAAUUUCAAGUGGACGCCGCUGCACCACGCUUGCCUGUCAGGCCAGCUGGACGUGGUUGAACACUUGGUGGCUCACCAAGCCAACCUCAACGCCCAGGCCAUGAACGGUGGCACGCCGUUAAUGAGAGCCAUCCAGACCUCCUCCCCAGAUAUCGUGAAGUAUCUCAUCGAGAAGGGCUGCGACGUCACCCUGGAGAAUAGAAAAGGCGACAAUGCUCUAGAUGUUGCCAAGUGGUGGGCCGACCCCAGGGUACUGGAGAUUGUCCAGGCCAAAUUCGAGACCAUUCCUCAGCCCAAGGAGGGAAAGAAGGGCAAAGGCAAGAAGGGACGAGGAAAGAGCGGUGGGCAGAAGAAGGCUCCUCCAAGGUCACACUCCGUACCGCCAAUACCCCAGGGUGGUAUGACAACACAGGCGAUAACUGACUCGCCCACCAUCAGCCCACGGGAGAGAAAGGGUUCAGUCCUCCGGGCGGCAUCAGCUAUGGCCGGCGGCAUCGAGCAUCAUGAAGACAUCACCUACAUACCAUUCGUUGCCUGGAGCAACAUGCCCAACACCAGGGAGCUCAUCGUCAAGAAGGAACAGAGGAGAAUGCGAUUCGGCGACGGCAUCGACUUUCCAGACUUCAAGAUGCCCUUCAAGGAUAACUUCAUGAAGAAGUCUGAGGCGCUGGGUGGAGUUGAUUCCGACGACGAUGAUUGAACGACACACUAGGGUGAGGACAACCAGUGGCAGUGACUGAUUUUUGUUAGGAGCCACUAAUGUGCCAAUAAUAGAGACUGAUCAAGUACGCCAUUUUGUCUUUGAGCUUCCGGACCCCUCCGUGACCCUUCUAGGAGCAUUUUACACUGAGAUGCACUUUCUUGCUCUAAUUUUUGACAGAAUGAUUUCUAAUCGUUAAUCAACCCUGAGAAACAUUCAUGUUGGCAUUUUAUCUUGGCAUUCCACAGGAAAGAAUUAUGAGAAAUCAGUUGGAGAUUGAUAAAAACAAAUUUUACUUACGACCUUUUACAUCCGGCAUUUUCGU